UAGGUAAGGACCUUUGUCACACCAUUUCUGAUAAUCAGUUUGCUCACAAAGCUCUUGUCCUCUUUGCUGUGGAUUUUGAUGUAAGUGUGACAAAAGACUGGAUUAAAUAGUUUUGGAUUGAAGUCUGGGGCCCCUUGUGGCUACACAGUUUAGGCAGCAGCGUGAAAGGACUUGCUUAGGGUCCCAAACUGGAUUGAGCUCAUGGCGCCCUGUGGGAACCCAGAUUUCCUGUGUGCCAGUUACACUAUGGGACAAGAUGAGCUCUCAAGUCAGACUGAGGCUGCUCCCAAGUGAAAGGUGUUUGUACGACAAACCCAUUCAGGUAAAAGUGUCACAUCUGAAAUCCAGGCAGGUGGUCAGCAUUAAAGCCAGCUCGACUGAUGAAAGAGGAGUUCUGUUCAGCUCUUCAGCCACUUACAGGGCUGAUGGAAAUGGAGAGAUUGACCUGGUCAGAGACGCCUCACUCAGCGGGAGCUACGUUGGAGUUGAACCUAUGGGUCUACUGACGACACUGAAACCAAACAUUGUUAACAAACUUUUUGUUAAGGACAAAGCUUUAGAGCCACACAUGGUGAAGUUCUCUGUGCACGAUGAGGAGGAACAGGACCGGAUGCUGGCAGAGGCGACCAAUGAGAGGUAUCUGAUGGCAGACGGGGUCAGCCGAGUUUCUGUGGAAGAAGGGAACUUUCAUGGAGCUCUGUUUACUCCCCCAGGAAAAGGUCCAUUCCCUGCUGUGUUGGAUCUGUGCACCAUGAUGUCAGAGAAAAGAGCAGCUCUGCUGGCCGAUAAAGGAUUUGUGGUUCUCACAGUUCCAGUAACUCAUAAAAAAACAGAUAACUUGAAAAUGAUACACCUGGACCCUUUUGAGGAAGCAAUUAAUUUCUUGCUGCAACAACCAAAGGUGGGCAGUAAACGGAUUGGUAUUAUUUCAAGAUCAAAGUCAGCAGAUGUUGCCCUUUCUCUCGCUGCUUUUGUCCCGGGUGUGGAGGCUGUGGUUUGGAUCAGUGGCUGUUCAGCCAACACUGUAUUACCUCUGUUCUAUAAGAAAAAACAAAUUCUCCCUGCAUUAAUGAUUGACAUGGAGAAAUUAAUUCCUGCUGAGUCAGGAAUUUUCAUUGCAAAGUACGCCAUGCAUGAUCCUCUAAAAGAGGAGAACAGAGCUACUUUAAUCCCCAUUGAACAAGCAAACACACAUUUCCUUUUUGUGGCCUCAGAGGACGACCUUAAUUGGGACAGCAACAUUUACAUGAUGGAAAUGAUGGAGAGACUGAAGCGUCAUGGGAAGAAAAACUUUGAGAGUGUGUGUUAUCCAAGAGCUGGACACUUGCUAGAGCCCCCUUAUGGACCGUUCUGCCACUCCAGUUUCCACAUAUUUUUAAAAACGGCAAUACUGUGGGGGGGCGUACCAAGGGCCCACGUGGCAGCUGAAGUUCACCUGUGGAAGAAGAUCCAGGAGUUCUUAAGAAGUCAUGUGACUUGUGAAGAAUAAUGUCAAAUGAUAGAUUUAAACGAAGUGAAAAAUAAUUAUGACUUUCAACAUUAAAGUCAUUGUAAUUUUAUUGAUUACUGUAGUCACGUCAAUCUACGUUGAUAUUGUAAAUCUACGCUUCUUUUCAAGAGUACAAUGGGGAAGAAGUCCCAAAAUCACUUAAGCCUCGUCUCUUUAAGAUAUUUCCAUUUUACCCUUUUUCUAUUUGCAAGAUUUCCAAUAAAGUGUGGCCUUUUGUGUCAGUGGCUUAUUGCUCGUUGAUUUCUUUUCAGACACAAUCACUGCUUAUGCCAAACUUGAGUUUGUAUAUAAGAGAAUGUAAUGACAUUGCCCAAUCUGCGGAAAAAUUGGCGAGAGCAGGCGGUGAGAUGAAAGUGAACGCUGAGCUGACGCGAGACUGAAUGAGAACACGAAGUUGGAGUUGUUUUAACAUUUAAAUGAGUCUUAAUGUGGGUCUACCCCUUAGUAUGAUCUGUAUUGUUAUAUAUUUUAUAAUUAUUUUAAUGUUUUGUAAUGUAUGUAGCCUUUUUCUUUAUCAAUAGGCCUUUUAAUUGAUUAUAUUUGCAAGUUUUCCAAUAAAGUGUGGUCUUUUGUGUCAGUGG